AUGAGCACACCUUAUCCAACCGGCCAACUUGCAGCUCUAGCGGCCAACUGGCCAGACAAAUGUCAAGCAUAUCACUUUCAACAACCAAAGUUAGCACCUACAAGUUUGACCACAACUCUCAACUGGGCAAGCGCAUUCAAGCACGGUUCAGAAGCCAAUUUAGCAGUUAACACAGCAGUCAAGGGAAAUGCCAAAAUUGUAGAAUCGAAAUCUAAACUAUAUCGUUGGGCAUUUCUCAAAAAAGUUCAACAAAACCACAGUUUAACUACAAUAGCAGCUAAACCAAAUGAAUUGAUUAUCAUUGAGUUUGACUCCAAUGAGCAGCGCAAUGUUCUCUUAUCUAAUGCAAAACAACUUGCCUUAAUAGAUGAAUUAAAUUCAGUUUAUAUUCGUCCAGACCAAAGCAAUUUUUAUUGCAAACCUUCAAUAGAGGUAACAUUCAAUGCAAACAUAUUUUUGUACGUUUUGGAUAUCAAUUUUUACUUAAACUAUAGUGAUUUGACAGAAUCAGCAUUUAAUAUAAGUUGGGAAUAUUUUGUUCCCCCCUUUACAAAGUUGCAAUAUGAAAAUACAUCAGUGGUUGUUGUAAAAACUUAUUCUAAUGAUUUUAAAUAUAAGAUAUUUAAUCUAACGUACAAUGGUGUCUAUCAACGUAUGACUUUUACAAUCAAUAACACUAUGUGUUUAUUUGGUGGAACUUACGAAAUUGAUAUACCAAUAAAGGUAUAUUUUGAAAAUGCUGUCGGAAAAUCUUGGCAUACAUUCAAAAAUGUAAUAAGACAGUUAAAGAAAAGUAACGCCUAUAAUGUUAUGCCUACCGAUCCUAAUCAUUUACCUGAGUACUAUGCACGAGGUAUAUACUGGGAUGAUACUAGCUCAAAAAUAUAUCUCUGUAUGAAUCAAUAUGUUGCUACAAUGCAAAAGCCAGCAUGCUUCAAUUCUAGAAAUGAUGGCGUACUCUGGAGAGCAAUUGACAUAAGAGUAGGAGCAGUUCUGGGCCAUCACAUUUUAAGUCGAGAGUUAAUUGCCAUACACAGAAACCAGAAAUUAUAUCUAACGUAUAACAAUGCAUUUAAAAAGUGGUUAGCUGUUACAAAUAGUGAGUUUGAAAUAAACGUUUCUAAAAAUCUUAAUUGGACACGGUUAAAAACAUUGGAAGGAGGCUAUGAUCAAGUUGUUUCGUUUGGAAAAAACCAGUGGAUGGGUAAUGAAGACGGCCUACAUUUUAAAACUUUUGGUGACAAUAACUGGAUUCAAAGAGCAAAAUGGAAUGAUUGAAUAUUUCACUUAAAUUUUUAAGAAGUCUCCAAAAAAAAUGUGUUUCUCAAUGAUUUUUAUAAUUUGUUUAUUUUAGAAGUUUUCGCUUUUACUGAACAAGCUUUGAAGUAAAUUUAUUUAAUUUAAUUUAGUUAAUAGAGUUUC